AUGGUAUUUGAGAAAAGUCUCAAGGAUUUUAUUCGAGGCCUUAGAGCAAAUAAGAAUCAAGAAAAAAAAUAUAUUCAAAAAGCUAUUCUCGAAUGUAAAUAUGAAGUAAAAUCUCUGGAUCUUAAUAUAAAAACAAUGGCAAUUUUGAAGUUGGCAUAUUUGACUAUGUUUGGUUAUGAUAUGUCAUGGACAUCGUUUAAUAUUAUAGAAGUUAUGUCUUCUAGUAUUUUUUUUCAAAAAAGAAUUGGUUAUAUGGCGUCAUGUCUUUCAUUUCGGAAAGAUACUGAUGUUUUGAUGCUAUGUACUAAUCUUAUUAAAAAAGUGGAUCUUAUGUCUUCUAAUUAUAUUGAUAUUGGGGUUGCUAUUAAUGCUUUGUCAGAAAUUACUACUCCAGAGCUUUCCCGUGAUUUAUUGUAUGAUUUAUGUUCUAUGAUGAAUCAUUCAAAUCCAUAUAUUAGAAAGAGGGUUGUUUUAGUGAUGUACAGGAUAUUUUUACAGUAUCCAGAUGCACUAAGGAGUACAUUUCCAAAAAUUUGUGAAAAAUUAGAGGACACAGAUGAAUCGGUUGUGUCUGCUACUGUUAAUGUUAUAUGCGAGCUUUCUAUGAAGAAUCCUAAAAAUUAUUUACAGUUGGCUCCUAUUCUUUAUAAAUUGUUAAAAACAACUUCUAAUAAUUGGAUACUUAUGAAAUUAAUUAAAAUAUUUUCAUCUAUGAUACCUUUAGAACCAAGACUAAUUAAGAAACUUCUUCCUUUUUUGACGACUCUUAUCCAAAAUACGUCAGCAGUGUCUCUUAGGUAUGAAUGUAUGAAUAUUAUAAUAUUUGGAAAUUUUUUAAAAAAUGAUUCCGAUUCUGACAUGUUGACUAAUUCAUUUGUUUCUAAGUUAAGAACAUUUUUUCAAAAUACUGAUUAUAAUUUGAAAUAUAUCGGUUUAUCAAUUUUAUCUAAAGUUAUGGUUAAUUAUCCUACAUUAGUACUAGAGUUUGAGGAUAUUAUUUUGGAACAUCUUGAUGAUGAUGAUAUAGAUAUACGAUUACAGUCCCUGAACUUAAUAGAGUGUUUAGUUAAUAAGGAGAACCUUUCGGAAAUUGUAAAAUAUUUAAUGACUCAAUUAUUAUUACCACUUGAUUCAUUGCCUAAAUAUUACCGUAGUUGUGUAGUAGAGAAGAUUUUGUUAGUUUCAUCGAAAGACUCUUAUGUUAAUAUUUCAGAUUUUGAGUGGUAUAUAUCAGUAUUAGCUAAAUUGGUGAAGAUUUCAAAAGUAAAUGUGUAUGAAAUAUUGGGUGUCGAAAUGCGAAAUGUAAGUGUAAGGGUUGUGUCGUCAAGGCCAUAUGCUGUAAGCCUUUUUUCUAGGCUUCUUUGUGAUGUGGAUUUAAUUGAUAGCAUUUAUGAUCCAGAGAGUAAUAUUGGUGUUUUGUCUUUUGUUGCUUGGAUAGUAGGUGAAUAUUCAAGUCUUUUGGAUUCUUAUUAUGAAGUUCUUGAAAAUAUGCUUCAGCCUAAAGUUUUGAAUUUUCCUUCAAAUAUUAAAAAAUUUUACAUUCAGGCCAUACCGAAAGUCUUUAUAAAUUGGAUGCUUAAGCAGAUUACAUAUUGGGAUAUGGAAAAAAAGAUUGAGUCUUUGGUGUGGAUUCAAAAAAUUUUUUUUUUUUUAGAUAAAUUUUGUACAUCUAAUGAUUUAGAUGUUUCACAGCGUGCAAUAGAGUUUAGAGAAGUUUUUAGGAUUACACAGUCUGUUGUUGAAUUUUCUAAUUUUGAUUCAAGUUUCGAUGAUACUAAUGGGUCUCUAAAUAAUUUUUCUAAUGCUUCUUAUUUAAUGUCUUUUUUUACUGAAGUUUUAUUUCGAAUGUUUUCUGAUAAUCUUAAUCCAGUUGCAUUGAAAGUACAAAAAAAGAUUCCAUUAUUAGAAGAUAUAAAUUUAGAUGAUUGGAUAUAUUCGCCACCAAGUUUACGUUUUGAUUAUGAUUCUAUAUUUGUUGAUGAUGAGUCAUUAGUUCAAAAAAAUAUAGAGAGUUUUUCAAAUAAUUUUUCUUCUAGUGAAUAUUUGCUACAAGUUAAAAAAAGUGAGAAAUUUCGUGACGAUCCAUUUUAUAUAUCUGGAGAUAUAUCAUCUUGUCCAUCUAUUUCCCUAGAAGACAAAAGUGAAAUUAAUAUUCCUAUUGUUAGAUUAGAAAUACCUAAUAUUCUUCAAACGAGAAGAAAAGUUAAACAGAAAAAUAUUCAUGAAGAUAUUGUUUUUAAGUCCGUGGAUAUUAUUUCUGAUGAGGUGCCUGAGAAUAUGAUAAUAUCAGAUAGCGAAAACGAUAACCCUGGUUAUUUGUUAUCUAAUAAAUUUUCAAAAAGCAUUCUCCAAGUAGACAGUACUGCUUUGCAAAAAUUUAGUAUGAAUGAAGAGGAAAGGAGUAUAGAGCUUUUAAAUAAGAUAGAAAAGACUAAAAAAAGUUUAAAUAAUUCAAGAAUUUGCGAAAAUAGGAAAAAAUACAAUAAAAGAAAAGAUAAAGAAAAAAAUGUAUCAAAUGGGUUGUUAAAGGAGUUAAAAGGAUAUUUGUAUGCUGAUUCUGAAUAA